AAAAAAGAGAUGCCGUCAGGGAAAUACUACUGCGAUUACUGCGAAAAGGAGUUUCAGGACACACAAGUAGCUAGAAAAAGACAUCUUAAGAGCAAACCUCAUCUUAGAGCUAAAGCACUUUGGUACAGCUCUCCAACCACCUCAGAUGUUAAUAAUCAUCAAGUCUCCAACUUUGUGCCGAGGGGUCUCUGCAAUCGAUUCGUUUCAUCGAACUUUUGCCCAUUCGGAGAUUCUUGCAGAUACUUGCACCCUAACAACAACAUUCCAGGAAACAUAGGAUACAGUAAUAAUAAUAAUCCACAACCUCUUGUUGGCUUGCCUAACCAACACACCCAAGGAAGUAGUUUAAACCGUGAUUUCAUUAGUGGGAGAGGAGGAGGAACAGGUUGGUUCGAUCUUCCACCGUCUCUGAGACCGCCUCCUGAGCAAGGCUAUCCUCAACUUCCCUCCAUUGACUGGGGAUAGAAACCACUUUAUUUCUUUCUCUCCAUAGUAAUUGCUAAGAUUGUAACUUUUUAUACACUCGUUUUAACAUUUUAACUCCAUUUCUGAUAGUAA